AAAUUUUAUCCGUCUUUUUCAAAAAAAAAACAUUAAUACUCUAUUACCAAAAAAUUUCAAAUACUUUCAAUUAAAAUUUGAAAAAUGUUAAUAUCACUAUACUCUAAUACUAGAUCUAUACAAACCUAAAGCUGGAAGAAACUAAUUUCGUCUCUUUUCUUUCCUCUUCCACAGAUAUCAUAACAUGACGUCAAUGCCGGAGAGCCUCUCUGCAACUACAAAUCCCAGAUGGUCUCUCGCCGGAAUGACUGCUCUCGUCACCGGUGGAACACAUGGGAUCGGCUACGCUGUGGUGGUGGAACUGGCGGAGUUGGGGGCAGCGGUGCACACCUGCUCUCGCAAUGAGGCUGAGCUCAACCAACUCUUACAAGAAUGGUCUUCCAAGGGCUUCACAGUCACCGGAUCCGUCUGCAAUGCAGCCUCUCGUCCUCAGCGUGAACAGCUUCUAGAAAAAGUCUCCACUAUAUUCAAUGGAAAGCUCAAUAUCUUAAUAAACAAUGUUGGGAUGAACAUAAUGAAACCUACUACGGACUAUACUGCUGAAGAGUAUUCCCUGAUCAUGGCUACCAAUUUUGAAUCUUGUUACCAUAUGUCUCAACUUUCACAUUCUCUUUUAAAAGCUUCUGGAUUUCGAAGCGUUGUGUUCAUUUCAUCUGUUGCAGGUUCUACUCAUGUUUUUUCUGGAUCUAUCUAUGGAGCCACUAAAGGUGCAAUGAAUCAGCUUGCAAAGAAUUUAGCAUGUGAAUGGGCUAAAGAUAACAUUCGGAGUAAUAGUGUAUCACCAUGGUUCACAAGAACCCCGCUUGUCGAACAUUUGCUAGGUAAUAAGGAGCUUUUAGAUAGAGUGGUAUCAAGGACUCCUCUGAAACGCGUUGCAGAAGCAAAUGAAGUUUCAUCAAUCGUGGCGUUUCUUUGCAUGCCUGCUGCUUCUUAUAUCACUGGCCAAACAAUUGUUGUUGAUGGAGGAUUUUCAGUUAAUGGUUUCGCAUAACUUACAAAAUGCUCAACGAGUUCUUUUUUGUUAUGUUGAUGUGAAGAGGCUUGGGUGGUAACUAUAAUGCUCUUUUAUUCUUUCUGUAACAAGGGUAAACGCAUAAAGGA